AUGCGCCAUCUGGUGAUGACGCUCUUGGAUAGUGCGGUCCGGUCUGCGCGGCAACCGCUGGGCCGCGUCACCGAGGUGCUGGAAGGUGCCGAAGGCAUAGCCAAAGCAGCUCAAAAGCCUUUGGAAACCUUCUGUGAUGUGUCGCCAUUGGUCAGGCCUUUGGCGCAAAAGUGCUUUCAAGACAUCAUGGAGGGGAACAAGGCCGGUAGUGGCACACUGCCGAGCUUGGUGAAGAAGGUGGUGGACGUGCGUGUGAAGCUCAAAAGGCCGGACCUGGCGGCAGGCUUCGAUGAUGUUCUUUGGUCUAGCUUCCAGCCAUGGUACAAAGAUCUGCAGGCAGGAAGCAGCGAUGCACAAACAGCAGCUGCUGAAUUCGCCAUCGCAUAUUGCGAGCAGCUGAAACUAGCGCUGCCAAAGUGGCUUUUGGACAAAGACCAGGUUGAGGCCUUGCGCAAGCUGGAAGCAGCGGUUGCAAGUGGUGAUGAGAGGGCUUUGAGGGAGGCUGUCGUGUUUGCAAAGCAAACCGACUACAAAGCAGACCCGGCUCUCUCUGACAAGUAUGACCAAGCGCUGAGGAAGCUGACGGCGCUGAAGCGGUUGCCUUCUGGUUGGGAUGUGACGGAAAUCGUUCCAGACGAUGCCUCGAAGAAGAUGUUCAAGAAGGCUGACUUGGACGACCCCAAGCUGAAGCAGCUGUUCCAGAAGCUCUUCGACGACACCAAGGCGAGUAUUGUGACGCGUGAUCGGGCUGCUCGUGGCAGCGGCGAUAUGCCUCGUGGAUAUCGUGUCCAGAAGAUCAUUUCGGUCAUGAACGCGGAGUCCUGGCAGUCCUACCAGGAGCGCCUUGAUGGGAUCGUGGAGGAUUGCAAGCGGUACAAAGGGAGCGCUCCGAUGACAGACUCUGCGUGGGAAGAGUGGAGCGGCAAAGUGCAUUCAGCUCCUCACGGAAAUGCUAUCCUCGAAGGCGCCCAUUUGCCGUCUCUGAACGCUGGGGCCAACGAGUUCCUGAUGUUCCAUGGUACCAAGCCAGAGGCGGCCGAUCUUAUAGCAAUGAACCAUUUUGACAUGCUGAGACCUCAGUCGCUAGUUGCUCUGACUGUUUGCCCGAAUGCAUUGCAAGACCUCAGGGCUUUUGCAUGCAAGACGGGCCUCUUUGGCGCUGGCCUCUACUUUGCGGAGAACUCCUCCAAAAGUGACGAGUGA